AGAGAAACUCAAGCAGCACGUGGUGUUAACAUGGCGUCCCGCGCCGAGAGGAGAGUUUCUAAGGACUCCAGCAGCAGUGACGACGAAGAGCUUAAAAAAUGCCGGGAGGCCGUUUGGGAAUGCCAAACAUUUAAGGCAAAAGAUGGGGUUGGCAGUGUUAAACAGGAGUCCAAGCGCGUUGUGGUUGCCGACCACGAGCAUGACGGAAACGAGCUCCAGGUCACCCAAGGAUUUCGGAAACAUGUCGCUAGAAAGCUGGAGGAUCUUCUGGAUAGUUGCAUUUCAGAAACACAGCACAUAUCCUCAAAAUGUCUGGAAUCAAAAUGUGAUGAUGGUCAAGAUGAGGGAUUUCGUUUGUUUUCUACAUCUGUCCCAGGACAGGAAGAUGCUAAGCCUUCGUCACCAGCCAGGCGUCGACCUCCUCCCAGCUCAAGUGACAGCGACAGCGAGAUGGAAACCAGACUGAAAGAGGCAGCAGUGUCCAUCAGUGACCUGUUACCUUCGUCCAUGCGCUCAUCUUCCUCAGCAGAGCCUGUCGGCCCAGAAUCUGGAGCAAAAAAGAAGGUGCAAGAGGAAGAAGAGCAUUGUGUCGUCAAGAAAAAGACAAAACGGAAAAAAGAAGAGAAUAAGCAGGACUCUGUAUCCUCUGCUCCUCACCAAGGCAAUGGUGAGCAGGAACAUUCUAUAGUCAACACAAAACAAAAAAAGAAAAAGCGUAAAAGAAAUACAGAAGAAACGGCUUUGAACUGAGUUUUUAAUCUAGUGUUUACUCAUUCGGGCUGUCUGUGUUUUGUGUUGAACUGAUCAAGUGGUGUGGAGCACUCAAUUACUUCUCAGAUAACGCAAGGCAUCUAGUCUGUUUAUAAAAUAACUUUACAUCGGUUGUUGAUGGUUAUACAUAUUUUUUUAAAAACUUCAUCAAAAGUGGAAAAAAAGCAUUUAAGGAAAGCAAAUUAAAAACAAUGCAGGUAACAUUUGUUUCAUCUAAAGUUACAGUUUCUGAGAAAAAAUAUUUUAAUAAAAAUAUACAUUUUGGUGUUGA